AUGGCACCAUCCUUCCUCAAUAUCAAGCAGCUGCGGCGAAAAUCUAGGGCCAGCUUCCGGACCGAGAAGUCGAACGACACGUCGAGUGAGGGCAGCCACAGUAACGGCACGGCCCCGACCAGCGGUUCGCUCACGCCGCCGUCCAUCGCCCAGCAGUCCGAUCCGGCACUUCACCUGCAGACUCGUGGCCGCAGCUCGCCCCCGCCGCCGGUUCCCCGCCGUCCGCCUCUGACGUCCUCGGGCACGUCGACGUCGAUGAGCACGGCGGCCGGCGGCAACUUCUCGACCAAGCGCUACAGCGUCUCUGGUAUGGCCGGGCUCGGAGCGCCCCUGGUCAACGGCAGCAAUAGCCGGCUGCUCUCGUUGCCCAUCUCGCCAUACUCACCGCGCAUCGACAGCAUCCAGGACAACUCGUGGGUCUACCAGAAGGUGCUGCUGGUCCACGGCAUGGUUGGCGACCCGGCCGCCAAGACGCCGGUUGACGGCACCGUGACGGUCAGCCGGCUUGACGACGGCUUCCCGGCCGUGCAGUGGCCGGUGUACAGCGGACACUUCAAGGCGCUGGUGUACCUACUGCCCGGCCCCAAUAAAAUCCGGUUCGACUUUGCGAGCCCGAAGCUGGCCAAUAGCGGCACCUCGAACCCGAUCCACGCAUCUUACUUCACGCUGCACAUGAUGCCGCCCAUGGGCGCGCCGCCGGUCCACCUGGCCAUUCUGCUGGCCAAGGACUCGCCGGGCACGUUUGACGCGAUGCCGACGCGGGCGGAGCGCGAGGGCAACGGGCUCGAGACGGCGGUGCGCAAGUUCCGCAUGGCGGCCUACCUGUGGCAGGCGUUCACGGCCGAGCAGAUGUGGCGCAACCGACUGGGCAGACGGGUGUUCCGAUACGAGGAGGAGUGGACACAAGGCUCAGCCAACUAUCGGGACCGCGAGACAGGACAGAUGCGAUCGGAAGCGCGGAUUCAUGUGGUGCGGUCGAACAAGACGGUGGCCGAGCUGCGCGAUCUCAAUCGGGCGCAGCAGAACGACAAGGGCACGGAGCGGGGCGCGCUGUUCGACAUUGCGGCGGAGGCGAUGCGCGAACACUUCCAGCCCAAAGCGGGCCAGACACUGUAUGUAUCGGUGCUGCUGCUCGACGCGCACUGGGACACGACGGCGAAGACGAUCACGGGCCACGCGGCGCUAGGCGGCUCGGCCGGCGACGUGCGGCUGGCCGUGUUCGGAUCACACUGCCUGCAAAGCUAUCCGAGCAGCUUCGAGGAGGUGGUCCCGGCCUUUCUGGACUGCACGCCGACCGAUACGGCCUUUGUGGCCAACGACUGCAACGAGGCAGGCAGCUCGUGGGAGGCGGCCAACAUUGGCAUCGGCGGCCACCUGCACGAGACGGGCCAUCUGCUGGGGCUGCCGCACCGGGAAAACGGUGUGAUGCUGCGCGACUAUGUGCGUCUGAACCGCAGCUUUGUGACGCACGAAGCGUACUCGACGCGCACGCGGACCAAAGGCGGCGGGCUAAUGCUGGAGGCGGACGAGUGUACGUGGCACCGGCUGGACUGCCUGCACUUUCGCAGUCACCCGUGCUUCCGGCUGCCGAGCGACCUGCCGGCAGGCGUUGACGAGAGCGUGCACGCCUGGCCGGUCGAUGGGGGUAACGUGCUCCUGACGGCACCCUCGGGCGUGGCGUAUGUGGAGGUGUAUGCCGAAGGCGACGACGUGUGCCACACCUGGAUCGAGUAUCCGACGGGGGAGUAUGGCAGCGGCAGUCCCGGGACAAGCAGCAGCAACAUUGCCGGUGGCGGUGGUGGCGGCAGCUCGAGCUCGCUGAGCCGGCAGGUCACGCUGGCAGACCAGGAUGUGCGCAGCCGGCUGCCGGAAGCAAAGCGACGCAAAGACGGGCCGUUGCGUGUGGUGGUGCACUCGUGGGCAGGCGGCAGCCUCAACGUGGCGGACCUGCGGCAGCUGACACGCGGGGCGGCGACGAAGCUGAGCAGCGGUAGCAGCAGCGUCAUGUCGCUCAAGGGCCGGACGGCCUUCCGUAGCAGCGCGCUCGGGCUGUCGCAGACGGAGGGCAGCACGCCACAGGAGCUCGUCUUUUCGAGCGCCGAGCGGCAGGAACGGGUGAUGACGCGCAUCAUCGUGUACCACGGACUGUAUGUGGACGGCAUGGAGUUUGUGUACGAUGACGACUCGCGGCAACUGUUUGGGAAGCGCGGUGGGAAGCCGGGCGGCGACAUGUUUGAAAUGGACGUCCGUCGCGGCGAGUAUAUUAGUGGCUUCAGCGUCCGGUCCGGCUUCUGGGUCGACGGCAUCCAGAUCCUCACCAGCCUGGGUCGGCGAUCACCCGUCUACGGCAACGCCCAGGGCGGUUCCGCCAACACGCUCAUACCACCUCGUGGAUAUACCAUCUGCGGCGUGGCUGGGUCCUCUGGCACCUGGGUGGACGGCUUCUCCGUCCUUAUUACGAAAUGA